AUGAAGACCGGGCGAAAACUGUCACGACCGAGCAGAGUGCACGAUGCCGCCUUGGAAAAGCAGUUCACCCUGGGUUUCGCCUUUACUGGCGUGGCUUUAGACGCCUUGUGCCGAGGCGACAAUGGGAUUUGGCUCCCUUUGGCGCGAUACCAGGCGCGCAAGGAGCUCAAUCUUGCAGAUGUAGAGCCGGGAGAGGACCCACAGGCCAAGGACCUUGUGGCCUUCAGCCAGGGUCUCGUGAAGGAAGGCGGAAAGGAGCUGGUUCAAGUCACGAGCCGCGCCGUGGGGCACGGCGAUGCUAGACAAAAUAUCUGGAUUCUUCCGGUCUUCGUGGAUCACGACCGUUCUUCGCAUGCGGAGCGGCAGGCUCUACUGGUGUUGCUGCAGGCAGCUCCGAUAGACCCUGUUAGCGAAGGUGUGAAGAAGGGCGUUGAUGGCAAGAUGCGGGUGUUUGCAAGUCACACACCGUGCAUUUCCUGCCUCUCUUCCAUGUGCCAGUUCACCAGAUGUUUCGAAGGAGCCGGCAUCUCUGUGACCUACGACACCUGGAAGGAGACUCGCCGCUGGAUUGGUCUAGAUCCACCCGACGGUGCGAUCCCUGGACCAAGAGUUUGA